CUUUUCGCAAAGGAACAUAUCAAUAACGACGAGAUCGUUCGAACCAAAUCUGACUAUGAUUCUCAUGAAGAAUACUCAUGCCUCGACCGCUACGAAGGACAAAAGGGAGAACACAACUGCGACAUCCGCCAUUGAACCAUCUGCUUUACAUUGUACAAGUAACAAAUCACAGGAGAGUUCUCUAAGAAAAUGGAUUUUCCUUUUCUAUCUCCCAUCCAACAGCCAUCUCCCUCCCCUCAUCCUGCCACUCCUUCGCAGGCCAAUCCACAAUUCAUUGUGUUUUCUUAAGAAAUAUACGAACAAAUUCGAUUUGUUUUUACGGCAAAUGAAAAAAAAAAAAAAAAAAAAAAGAAACAAAAAGUAUAAGGGUCAAUAUUUCGAGAAGUAAUUGGAUUAUGAAGAGUAGCAGAAAGAAAAAAAAGAAAAAGAAAAAAAAAAAAAGAAAGGAAAAAAAUGUUCCAUUACGAUUUAAGCAUCACAGAGAAUCAAUUUUCUGGAAUUUCGAAAUGUUCACAUACCGUUCAUAUAGAGGUGCAUAUACAUCAUCGUUCCUAAAGACACACCCCUUCGAGUAAGAGGAAGAAGAAGAAGAAGAAGAUUGAUCUAUGAGAAAAUAUUGCCUAACCCGUAUAUCUCAAGAGGCCUCGAAACGUUGACUUUGAUUAUCCAUUCCAUUUAGACUAUCUUCGAGUACCUCAAACUCUUCAAACUCCAUCUUUCCAAAAUCACUUCCGUUCUUCAAAUGAUUCUCGUUCACCUGCCACCUCGUCAAAGCGCUCUCGUUAAAUCUAGGAUGAAAAGUUGAUUUAGUAUCUUCGUAAUUUCCUAUCUUGAAAUCGGCCUUAAAGAGUUUCGUAAUAUCCCUUAGCUCAUCUUUUUUUGGUUCCAAUCCAAUAACGACAGGUGGUUCUCUUUUCGUUUCGAUAAGAUCUAUUUUCUCUCUUAUCUUUUCCUCAUCCUUAUCCUUAGCGUCAAUACCAGUAAUCUCGAUACUUGGGGUCUCCACUAUUGUACAUUGUCUCAGAUCAGGCGUCACAUUUCGAUUUGUAAUUCUUGAUUGCCUUUCAACAAGCCUACCGGUAAGUUCGAGCCUACUGUCGCAUGAGUUGCUCUUAACGAGUUUAAAUUUAACAUAAUCGUUCGUCGUCCGAUCGAUUCUUUUUAAUCUGUUUUCAAUCAAAGGCGAUAUAAUCGGUCCGUUACAUGUGUUUACUACUUUGCCACCGUAAUAGGUUACCGAUGUACCACAUUCACGUAUUUUUUUCAAAACAUCUUGAGACACGUAAUGACCUGGUCCACUUUCGUCCAAACCAUCGUCAUCGUAAUGGCAAUCUUCGUCCUCCGAGGACGUGCACUGAACUCCACUACCAGGAUCCGUGUCAGGAUAAUCACUGGAAACACCUGAACUAACACUUCCAGUGUCCCAAUUAUGAUUAUGAUGCUGCUGUUGCUGUUGCUGUUGCUGCUGCUGCUGCUGCUGAUGAUGAUGAUGAUGAUGCUGAUGCUGAUUAUGCUGCUGAUGAUAACUUCGUGAAACUUUGUUCUUCGACGAAUUCGAAUCGCAGGGCGAGCUAUGCCCGCUUCUAGCUUCGAACGAUUGUGCUAAUAUUCUUGUUUUUGACUCGCUUCGAUUAACACUCGAGUCAGAUUCAUCCUUACUUCCAAUUAUUGAUACGGAUGAGGACGUUGACUUUUCCAUGCUCUCGAACAUUCUGGUCAGAUCUUUAGCUCGGCUUGAACAUCUAAAUAAUAAGGGGAAAAAAAUCGAGAAAAAUUGAUAAGAAGGAAGGUAGUUAAUAUUAUCGAUAAACGAUAUUAAAAUUUUUAACGUACCUGGAUAUUUCUUCGCCCUUUUCCAAUACUUCCUCGAAACGAGAGUCCGAAUCGAUACUAGUGAGAUCCUUCAUGCUAACGCUCUUUCUAUUUUUACAAUCCCUGUCGACGCCCAAUUCGGUUGAAUUUUUCUUCCUCAAGGUAUCCUCGAACAUACGUCUAACGUUUCUAACCGUAUCGGGAUCAGGUAAUUCUUCAUCUAUCAAUUCUCGAUUAACUCUUAUAGGAUGAUAAAAGAAAUGUUUUUUUAUCGAGGAUUGUUUAACGAUUUUACAAUUUCCCUCGCACUUUUCAUUAGUGUUAUUUUCUUUUUCAGUAUCAUCCGUCGUCUUUUGUGUCAUAUCAGAAAUUUUGCUGAUUGGAUCUGAUCUUCCCUUUCCAAUCGUCUUCUUAGAUGACUUUCUUUCGAUUGGUUCUGCGCGUACAGGUUCGAUGAUAACAACGUUGUUAUCCAAAAGAAGUUCCUGGAAUGAGUACUCUCGAAGAUACUGCAUUAGACCGUCGUACGUGACGUCACCUCUUGCACUGCUGUACAUAUUUUUACUGAAUACGUUCGACUUAACGAUCUUGUAACGAACGUGAUCGAAUUCUUGAGUAUCGUUCGGUGACUCGAUCGAGUCCGCGCAACUCUUCGAUCUCGUUAAAUUGCUGUAAAUUUUUUUCCCAUCAUUCUCGUUGCACAACGUAACAUCGUUCUUGGUACGGAUUAUACUCGAAGGAUCCCCGUCGUCUAUCGAUCUUCUCCUCGUAUCAGUUUCGAUCUCAGAACCCAAGCCAAGAUCAGAACUUUCUGAUCGAGCCUCAAAACCUAAGCUACCCUUUACCACGUUACAAGCUUUGCCAAGUAUGUUAGACGUCUCCUUAACUAUUCUCUCGAACCUGCCUUCUAUCUGUUUAGUCUUUCCAACAGCUUUCACGAAAGUAUGAUUCUCGAACACGUUCUUUAUGUUUUCUAUCGCGGAUCCUGGUUUCUCCUCUUGAGAGGCGACGUUCUGUAAAAGAGAAGUAAAGAAAAGGAAAAAAAAAUAUAUAUAUGUAGAGAGAGAGAGAGAGAGAGGAAAAAAAAUGUAUAGAAAAUUCAAAAUCAAGACUACUUUCUAAUAGCUUCUAAGAAUAGACAAAUCAUCGAUUUCGAUUAUUGAACGUACAUGAAUCGUCAAAUUUCCAUCGACGUCAUCGUUACUUCUAUCAGAUUUCGUUUUAGAUUCGUAAGACUUUUUAUAUUCCUUUCUAAGGUCUUGGGCUAUCUCACAACUUGUGAUAUCCUCGUCAUGAAUAUCGAUUUCGAUUGAACGACGAUGAUGCGGUCUCUUCGUCACGUCGUUAUCGACCACUUUAAGGAUCUGAGGUCUCCGCGACAUGUCUUCCUGUUCCUGUUCGUCGUUAUCCGAAAUCCAAAUUGUCGUAGAAUCCUCCUCCUCGCUUUCACUUAAUUUCCGAUUGAUAUUCUCUUCGCUAGAUGUCACCAAAAUCAAAUCCGAUCUACAAUUAUCUUGAUCAAUUCUCAACAACAAUGACGAUCUAUCGUCCUUCCUUCUUCCCUGUUCGUCGCUGGUAGACGUUGAAAUCACCAAGUUUCUCUCGUUUUCUAAAUUCUGCAAUGACUCCGGACUAUUUUCACCUUGAUCCUGUCUUUUUAAAAGAACCGACGAUAAUUCACCCUUUGAUUCCCACUUGUUCGAUUUGAAAUCUUCUUCGUUUACUUCCUCUUCCGCUUCCUCUUCCAAUUCUUCUUCGUCUUCUUCGUAUUCUUCUUCUUCGUCUCCUUCGUCUUCUUCGUCUCCUUCGUCUUCUACGUCUUUCUCGAUCGUAACAAUUUCCGGCUUAGUAGUAGCGUGACGUUUACAUUUCUCCUCGUCCGUCACGUUUCUGCAUUUAACGUUUACCUUCUCCUCGUGCCCCGUGGACAAUACCUCAUGACAUUUCUGUUCCCGUCGACAUGAAACAUCAUUAUCCACUUUUAUUUCUAUAUCAGAGAAAUUAUUAUUCCUCGCGUCCUCCUCGUCGAAUUCCAAUCGUACGUUCGACAACGGCAAAAGAUUAAGUACGUCGAAAUAUUCCAACUCGCUCUCGUCCUCGAAUAGUAUGCUAUCCAAACUGCGAUGUUCUUUGCGCUUGCGCUUGACCUACGAUAUAGGCAAUGGUUCGGUAAGAUAAAGAUUUUUUCUUUUUUUUUUUUUUUUCUCUUUUUUUUUCUUUUUUUUUUUCUUUUUGAUCCCUCCACCAACCAACCAAUCAACCACCCACCGAUAUCCUGCGAUAUCCGUCGACCGUUCGAAAAUCUUUCGCGAUUUAAUAAGAUGUCGAAAAUCGAAAAGGGAAACUUCAGCAACGAAAGCGUCAACAACACCAGCACCAAUGUAGGAAAGAAAAAAGAAAAAAAGCUUUGAUAAAGAUUAAUAAAUACAAAGGACGAAAGCUUUCGGAGCAGGGAGCGACAGAAAAAAGAGAGAAAGAGAUCGAAAGAGUCCGAUAGAGAACUACAACAGGCGGCUUUCCACGCCGUCGACGAGAAUGUUUUUUCAAGUUCGGAAUGUUACCGUGACAUAUCAGAGGGGACUGCCAAAUAUUACUUUACCUCUGCCAUCGAGAAAGGAACUCUGCGUAUUCACAUUGAAGCCGAUAACGUGUACCGUCGGUGAUUUCCUCGAUAUGAUUAAAUUCGAGGAUCGUGGUGUCGAUCGAGCAAUCGUUACGACAAUAGACGGUACUCGGAUAGGUUCGAGCAACACCAUAGAGAAUCUUUUGCAAGAUGAUUUUAAAUUAAUAAUAAACGAUGCCGAAUAUACGGUACAACCUCCUAUAUAUCAGAAACAUACCAUGGAAGACAUGCAGAAGCUUUCGGACGUGCAAAUAUUGGUGGGCCAACUUUACGAAACUCUACAGGUACGUGAGUACCAUGCUGACAUGGAGAGACAAGUUUUGGCAGAGUUGGAAGCUAUCAAAUUGGAAUUAGAACCUUACGAAGAGAAGCUGCAGGAGCUGGAGAACGCAGCUAUCAGAAGAGCGAAUCUCAAUGCAUGGAUAUGGUUGGUAUUGAUGUCCAUGCACGCCGGUGGUUUUGCGAGACUAACCUGGUGGGAAUAUUCAUGGGACAUCAUGGAACCUGUUACUUAUUUCGUUACUUAUGGAACGGCAGUGGGUUGGUUCAUUUAUUUCCUAUUGACGCAGCAGGAAUACGUACUGCAGGACGUUGUGAACAGACGACGUUUGAUAGAACUACACAAAAGGGCGAAACAGGUUGGGCUCGAUUUGAAUGCGUAUAAUCGAUUGAAGGAUCGUGCAUACGAAUUGGAGAGUACACUGAGAGUGAUACGUGGUCCUUUGUACGAAAGGAAAUUGGAGAUGAAACAAAAAAGAGGAAGAAAUAGUUCGUACAGUUCAAGAUCGCCUAGUUCCUCGCCUAGUCCCUCGCCUAGUCCAAGUCCAAGUCCUGAAAGGGACGUUCCUAGAAAGACGUCAUUGGCAAAUGUCGACAAAAGAGAAACAUCGAAGACACUCGGGUACGAUAAGUUUAGAUAAGUUUUUGAUUCUAUUUACGAAUCAACACCGUAGAUGAACACCGACGUUAACGUCAACGAUCGUUGUUUUCUUGUGAACUGUAAAAAUUAAUCUUAUUGAGGAGAAG